AUUUCCCUAACGUGAAAGCUCCACCCACGCAGGAAUUUUGUUGCAAAAACAUUUUAACGAUAGUGGAAAAAUUAAAACUUGAAGUUGACAAUACAUUCAAGAACUUUAAAUCGACUUGCAGUUUAAAAGGUGAAUCGCGUGAUGAAGUUGAGAGAAUUAUUGGCGAAUUCUUAAGAAAUAAUAUAACAGAACUUAAAACCAAUCAAAAAGAUAACAAAAAGAAUAUUUUUGAGAGAAUUAAAGACAACAUCUCGUCACUUAUUUUCAAAAAUAAGACGAAAACUCAUUCUGACGUCAAAAGAACAACAGACUUGAAUGCAUAUUGGGAUGAUUCCGACUCAACUGAUGAAGAUCGUUUUAAUGAGUUCGUGGGAAAACUUGAAGAAUGUAUUAAGGAGCAAGAAGAUCAAUCAACUACUGAAAUUCCUACGACAACUCGCAAUUCUUAUAUCGAAGAGAAAAAUUCCACAAAUCAAUCACAAAAUCGUUCCAACUUUGAUGCUUUUAUUCGUCAUCUGGCAAACUCAAAGCAUCCAGUCAAAGAUGCUGGUCGACCAAUUCACAAACCACCGAAUCUCCAAAAAGUUCAAACUCUUGUUGAUAAAGUCAAAAAUUUUGAUUUCUUUAAUUUAGACGAUGCAAUUGAAACAACAACGCCAUGUGUUGAUACAGAAAAUUUGAGAAUCCCAAUCAUUUUUGACAGAGUGGAGUUGAAAAGAAAAGGUCGAAAUGUUUUUAAUGAUUUCACAAAGAAACUUAAGCAAAUCAAAGGAAAUUUUCGUGUUGAUAAGACAAAGAGAACAUUAAAUGGAAUUUUUGAUGAUGUUGUCGUUCAAGAAGAAACAAGUGAAGCUCCAGAAGGAGAAAUUAAACCUCAAGAAUUGCAAUCACAACCGACUGAAGAUGAAAAAUUCUUAGCAGAGUUGACAACAUUCGACUCACAAUUGAACGGCGAUCAACGAAUGGCGAUUUCGGAUUUUCUUGAUCAUAAGCUGGAGAGUCUCAAUCAUCAGAACAUUGAACAAACAGGUAAACAAGACGAUGAGAUGACAGGAGCGAAGAAAUUCUUUGAUUUCGACUCACCAUUAGUUAAACGAAGCUUAUUUAAAAUCGAUGAAUAUAAUAACAUUGCCAAAAUUAAAAGUAAACUUAUCGCUCAAUCAAGAUCGAGACAUCCAAUGAUUGACUACUCAGCAAUCUUACGAGAAGUUGAAGCUCGAAAGGAGCAUCAAAGUGAGAAAGUUGACGAUUUUCUUGAUCAUUUUUAUCGACUUAAUGAUGGAUCAUUUCAUGUUGAUGAUGCUUUGAAGCCUUAUCGUAGUGAUUUAGAUGUAAUGAGUCCUUAUGAGCUUCAAUUAAAGUUCCAAUUAGACAAAGAAUUCAAGGAACUGGACAACAACGAACUCAAAAUACAAAAAUCUGAACUUCCACUUCUUAAACCUGAAAUUGAUUCUGUUCUAGAAGACGACGAAAGUUUACCAUAG